AGCUUCCAUUUGAGUGGACCUGACUGCUGAAGGACCUGUGUCAUCAAGAUGGGGAGAGUCUUAGGAUGGCUCUUCACUGGCGGACUCAAAGCUGUCAACGUUCUCCUCGUCACUUGUUCUCUGGUGUGCUGUCAGACUGACUGCAAGACUGGCUGUUGCACUCGGUACUGUCCUGUCUCUGGCUCCUGUCUCCUGGUCGACAUCUGAACACCAACCACCUUGCUCUGGAUAUUACUCACGACCAUCACAUUGGAUUCCCCUCAGGACCUGUUCCCCUGUUCCACGCUGUCAACUCCAACCUCACUCUACACUCCUGGUUAUUGCAACUCAUCUGAGCUGCCCCGGUUCUGCACUCCCCAUUUUCUGUGUUCAAUAAACAUUUUGUGCAUUCAUCCCGGUUUCCUCUGUUGAGUCCGCUCUUGGGUUCCCCCUCUUCGCUCAUCGUAACAUGUGCAGCUUUAACCAAGGAUGGCCAAGAACCAGGGGAGAGUGAGGGCAGUCGAUUAAGUGAGACUGAUCCUUUCCUGGUGAUUCCCAGAGACACGCAGGACGGUUCUCUCACUGACACGGGCGAGGAGCUGUCCAUUGAGAGCGAUGGCAUCGAGGGGUGAAUCGAGUGGAACAGUGUCCAGGCCCAACUCGAUGACAACAAACUCUCGUCGGCACCCGAGUCGAUGAGGGCAGGCAGAGGAAAAGCCUGGCUUUGCCACACGAGCGUGCCAUCUAGCAAAGGUCUGAGGAGAUGGACCGCCGAUUUGGCUCAACAGUAUAUCCCCCACAACUGCUGAGCCACCCCCUUUUGCUUCGCUGCAGUGAACAAGUGGAGACAAAGUGACAAACCUGGCCACAGUAUAGGCAGCUCCUACUGCUGAUUCGCAGCUGCCUCUCUUUAGGAGAGAGAUGGGCCUGGUCGAGCUGCAUGGGUUCGGGCUCUGCCCUUUCUCUCCGACGCUCACGGAGAUGGUUGUCAAUGCAGAUGGUGAGAGAAAUGAGCUCCUCGAUUCCAUCAGGCUGGACACCAACUCAUCCUUUAUGGUCUCGGUGAGAGCGUUCUGGAAUGCUCGCUGAAGGGCCUACUCAUUCCAGCUGCUCUCAGCGGCGAGGGUGCAAAACUCAAUCGCCAUCUCAGCAACACUAUGGGAGCCUUGACGGAGGGACAGGAGUUGCUUAGCGGCAUCCUUACCGCAGACAGGGUGGUCGAAGACUCUCCUCAUCACCUCCGUGAACCUGGAGCAGGAGGAGCAGAAGUGGGACAGUUUCUCCCACACAGUUGUGGCCCAAGAAAGCUCUGCUCCACAGAGGCUCCCAAUCAGGAAGGAAAUCUUGGCCCGUUCGCUAGCAUAAGCGUAGGGCUGUUGCUUGUAUAACAGUAAACAUUGUACCAAAAAGGCUCUGCAAGCCGCAAGGUUGCCAUCGUAACGCUCGGGGGACGGAACAAACGGCUCACGGAGCAGAGGAGAAGAACCAGGGGCUGGUUGUGGGCUCUGGGCGAAAGUUCGGCCCUGCAGGUCCAAAAGGCUCCAUGAAAACUCUGUGACGUGCUCCAGAAGGGUUUUCAGGGCUUGGUGAUGUUGCUCGAGCAGUGCGCCUUGGCCGGCGAGGGUUUGGUGGAGAGGAUCUGAGUCUGCUGAGUUCAUCUCUCUGGCCAGAUCAUACUGUUUCACGGAGCGGAACAGGUGAACCCAAGAGCAGACGAGGACGAGGAGACUGGGAUGAGGUAACCAAGGUAUUUAUUGAAACACGGGGAAGAUGGAGCGCAGGCCAGGGGAAACUCGGGCAGGUUGCAGGAAACCAGGUGCGGAGGCUGAGGCUGGAGCGAGAGGUGUUGGGACAUGGUAAGCAGGUCCGGAGGGGAAUCCAAGGGAGCAGUAGAGUGGGAGAUCCAGGACAGGGUAGCAGGAUUGAUGUGGGACUGGAGACAGGGACCAGAGUGAGAGCGGGCAAGGGAAAACAGGCACAACAGGAUAACAGGAUCUAAACAGGAACAAACGUCUAGAAACGUAGACUGACUGAGCAGAGAUUACAAUCUGGCAGCGUAGAAGUGGCAGGGCUGAAUAUUUGUAGAGGUCUUGAUUAUGGAACAGGUUGCAGCUGGUGGGGAUCUGCUCUGACUCCAGCACACCUGUCUCUGACCACACAAUCACAGAGAGAGAGAGGGAGAGAGAGAGAGAGAGAGAGAGAGAGAGAGAGAGAGAGAGAGCAUUGGGGGAGUAGUGGCAGGUCAAGGAGACACAGGAUGAGCAGUAGAGGGCGUGGCAGGAGCAGAUGUAACACACUGGGAGUUGAGCAGUAGGUUUUCAGCCACGUACUCUCUACUAGGCACAUAUCCUUCCAACAAGAUUGGGAGCCAUGAUGGAAAAUUUGCUCAGUUGUGAUAAAUGAGGGGGAUUCCAGUGUAUUCACUGGUUGAGUCCAACCCCAGGUCGCUCUCUGACCAGAGAGAGUCUUGUGUUUGCAUCCUCACCUGUCGCUUCAUUCGUGCUUGUGAUGCUGAUUUCAUAACCAAGCCUUAUACAGACUGCUUCAUUGGAGCUCAGAGCCAGGAGCAUACUUGAACGCAAGGGAACAUAUCACAGUGGAAAGCAGAACAGGUGAGACAAAAACAAAGAAAGGAAAAGUACACUAAAUGCCAACCAGCCAUAACCCCCUCCCCCCUCCCUAAACCCCUCCACCUCAGACCCCAAGAUUCAGGUUCCUAGAAAGACAGGAGCAGCAGCAGGGGAGCAGAGGGACGGAUGUAGGAAGAGAAGCCCCUGAACCCCCCCCAUCAGAGACGAGACACAAACCCACCGAGCCUACCACCCCGUCUCAACAACCUGCCCCCCCCUCGCCUGCACUCCCUGAAACCCUGGGGAGAAGGCUGCCAGCCCCCCGCCACAGUAACCACAGCGCUCUGCCAAGCUCCACUCCAGAACAUCAAGGCAGUGGUACACUCAACUCCACUGUCUGCUGCUCACAGGAUACAAUACAAUGAGUGUAAAAAACAUUAAGAACACCUGCUCUUUCAAUGACAUAGACUGACCAGGUGAAUCCAGGUGAAAGCUAUGAUCUCUUAUUGAUGUCACAUGUUAAAUCCACUUCAAUUAGUGUAGAUGACGAGGAGGAGACAGGUUAAAGAAGGAUUUUUAAGUCUAGAGACAGGUGAGACAUGGAUUGUGUACGUGUGAAAUUCAGAGAGUGAAAGGGCAAGACUAAAUAUUUAAGUGCCUUUGAAUGGGGUAUGGUAGUAGGUGCCAGGCGCACCGGCUUCCGUCAAGAAGUGCAACGCUGCUGGGUUUUUGAAGCAGUUUCCCGUGUGUAUCAAGAAUGGUCCACAUGAGAGUCAACAUGGGCCAGCAUCCUUGUGAAACACUUUCGACACCUUGUAGAAUCCAUGCCACAAUUAAUUGAGGCUUUUCUGAGGGCCUCUGACCUGUUUCAAUCUAAGGUGUCAUGUGCUGAGUCAUACAGUGAUCUCCAAUGUAGUUUCUCUGUAAUUCAAUGGAUAUCAGCUGUAAUACAGUUAUCUUUGCCAUCUCACUUCUUGACUUCACUUGAUUAGUAAAAUCCUGUCAUCUUCUAGCAGCUCUUUUAACCUUUGUUCUAGUGUGGGAGAGUGUUUCUAUUUUCUCUAUUUCCUAAAUUACCUCAGUCACAGGAAGAGAGUUGUGUGGGUUGUGUAAUUAUACACAUUCCACACUGCAUAGACACCAGUGAUGUGUGUGUCAAUAAUCUCCCAUAGCAAGAUUACAUGGUUAAAGUAAGGUCCCUAUUUGUACGUGAGACUAAGGUAUUUAAGCACAAUCAAGUGACCUUAAUGUACACACUUCCUACCCUCAGUCAGGCUGUUUGCUACCGGUAUCUCCAAGUUACCUGUGACUCAGUAGCAUAGAACAUUGACUCUCAGACCAAGAUGGACAGGUUUGGAUAUGUGCUUGGUCCUUCUUGUGUACGGUAGCAGGAUCAGUCCUCUCUAGAGGUAAGACAACAGGCAGGAUGCGAACAACAAGCUGAACACCGAGCACAUGUAUCCAUUACAGAAGUUGGUUAACAACUGGGAAUAUCAGAUUUGUUUUAUUCAAUCAAAAACGAAAACAAGGAAAACAGUUUAUCUAGCUGAUAGACUAUUUCUGAUUAGAAAAUCUCUGGUGUAGAUUAGAAUAAAUUAAUGUUACAGUAUGAGUUUAACAGAUUAACAUUUUUAAUUUCUAGCCUUUAGGUAAAUGCUUUGAAUUGUAUGCUGAGGUAUAGACUUUGAAUGCACUGUAAAGGUUGGCUGGUGUUUUUUUUGUUGUUGAGCUUUCCCACAAUCCUUUGUUCAGCAACUGCUUCAAAAUCAAACCAAAUCAAUUGUUUUCUGUCAUGUCAUCAGUUAAUGGGUGAGGGGGUAAAGAAAAGGGGAUGUUACUGACACCAAAGAGAUAGCAACCACUCCAGAUUCAACUGUGCAUACAAGUGGUAAGUUAAAGAAUUCAGCCUCUCUCCAGAUUUCAACUUUAUAAUAUGAGAUUGGUGUUUAAUGUUUAGCAUGAUUUUUAUUGAAUUUGAGGAUCAAUUCAGUACAGAUAUGAAUCAUUUUAAUACAUUUAACUGACGAGCAAUAAAACAUAUUAGAUAUUUUUAGGAUUGAGCUUGACUGAAAACUGACCAAAAUAGGUUAUUGUUUUUGCAAAAGUUUGUGUCGUUUAUUAAUAUACAGCUAGGUGAUCAAUGGUAAAAAAUAUAUUCUGAUAAUGUGUAGAAUUGUGAAUAUCAUUGGGAGAAUUGCAAAGGAAAUAUGUUGGAUUUGUAAUUUGAUUGCAUUAUAUGGUAGGAUUGUAUGCUAUUUUAUGAAUGAUUUGGUUACAUAUGUCAUAUUUAGAAACGUUUGAAAACUUAUAGAGACGUAGAUCUAUUUAGUAAAAAGCUCAAAAUGUAUAUAUCACAACAGAUCGUGAGAUUUCAGUUUGAAUUGCUUGACUUUAAAACAAUGCCGGAGUCUGGUAGUCCUCAGAGAAAGAACUGCUUUUGAAAUGGGUUUUUUAACCAGUGUGCAGGUGGCCAUGAUGCAUUUCGUACCCAAACCACAGGCUUUGGCAUUUUAACUGAAUAUUUAUCAACAGGUGUGUGUGUUUCACAUUUACAUACGAAGAUAAGGAAUACUAACUCAGAGCAACAUGAGUGACAUUACAGCUUACUAUAAGUGUGAUGUGUGUAAAUGUGUGCCAAUCUGUAUAUUUUCACAAAGCAAUUUUUAGAGAUAAUAUAUUAUUCAAAAAUUUGGUGAAUGACUAUGUUUCAUUACGUGGAAAAUUCAUUAAUGAAAGUUAAUGUUAUCAAAAAAUGUAUUAUCUCUCAUUUCGCUAUCUCUGUAGAAACACAUAUUUAUAUAUCAAACUAUUUUAUGUCCAUUACUUAAUUGCAGCAAAAUGUCAUUACGAUCCAAACACAUUUCACAUUCUCCAGAAAUUCUAUAAGUGAGGUGAAUGAUUCUGUGGAUAAAUAUACUGAGUGUACAAAAUAUUAGGAACAUGUUCUUUUUUCAUGACAUACAGUAGAGUGACCAGGUAAAUCCAGGUGAAAGCUAUGAUCCCUUAACGAUGUCACUUCAAUCAGUGUAGAUGAAGGGGAGGAGACAGGUUAAAGAAGCCAUGAGAUAAUUGAGACAUGGAUUGUUUAUAUGUGCCAUUCAGAGGGUGAAUGGACAAGACAAAACAUUUAAGUGCCUUUGAACAGGGUAUGGUAGAAGGACCGGUGCACCGGUUGUGUAAAGUACUGCAAGGCUACUGGGUUUUUCACACUCAACAGUUUCCUGUGUGUAUCAAGAUUGGUCCACUACCUAAAGGACACAAUUGUGGGAAGCAUUGGAGUCAACAUGGGCCAGCAUUCCUGUGGGACGCUUUCCACACCUUAUAGAUUCCAUGCCCCGACGAAUUGAGUGCAACUCAAUAUUAGGAAGGUGUUGUUGGUGUUGUUUGGUAUACUCAAUGUAUGUCUUUAGGGCAUUGGUAUUUGUAGAAAAAUGAAAUAAAAAAUCUAUAAAUAAUAUUAGUUCGUUGUUGUUCUUUAGUACAGAGGAACACUUUGUCAAAGAAUCUGUCAUUAAGUUGUGAGUAAAUUUCAAAUGACCCCUCAUCACUUGUCUGUUCUGUGGUAUUUAUCUCUCUCACGCUCUGCACCUUCCCCUUGCCUCAGCUCUGUCAUGCCUCGCUCAUUCCUGGUCAAGAGUAAGAGACCAGGGUCUCAUCCCCCUUGCUUCUCUAAAGGCACCAGACACACAAACCCUGACCAGCCACAACCUCAUACAAAUCAUCACGACAGGCAGAACAGGCCGUGGCGGGAAGUAAGGUCCCCACAUCGGAGCCCCUUCCAGGAGGACCAGGGCAACCUGUGCUCAGGGUCAGAAGUCAAGGACACCCUGGACUACCCCUGUCCUAGCUGGGACGCCAUGGUAACCAGACCACACAGCACCUCGCCAGCUGACCUCUGGAUCAGCAGGUCUGCAGAAACCCAAGGGUCCGAUGGUGUGGAGCCUUCCGAGUCUGCCCUGCCCUGGUACCCACACUGGCCCCGGGGCCCUGACAGAGAGAGGGAGCUGGAGAAACUGGUCCAUGUCUUACUGAGCCACAGGACACAUAUGGACCUCAAUUCCACCAGCCCAUGCCCCCUCUGUGAAAAGGUCUUGUACUCAGGAGCUGUACUGAAGACUCAUUUACUCAGGUCACGUACAUGCGUGCAUGCAGUCCCAUUGGCCACGUCAGCCAAAGCCCCAGAGCACCCCUACGAGUUCAAACAAGCCCUGGGCACGUACGGAAGACCAAAGGAGCGUAGCUAUAGCUGUAAGGAGUGUGGGAAGGUAUUCAAGCGCUCCUCCACCCUGUCCACCCAUCUGCUCAUCCACUCUGACACCAGGCCCUACCCCUGCCAGUACUGUGGCAAGAGGUUCCACCAGAAGUCAGACAUGAAGAAACACACCUUCAUACACACAGGUGAGAAGCCCCAUGUGUGCCAGGUGUGUGGCAAGGCCUUCAGCCAGAGCUCCAACCUCAUUACCCACAGCCGUAAACACAGCAGCUACUGGCCCUUCAGCUGCACGCACUGCCAAAGCAAAUUCCAGCGCAGACUGGACCUACAGCGCCACCAGGAGACACAAUGUGUCCAUAGCAGCGUGUACACACAGAGCUGAGGCCACGGGUAUAAUGGAGAUUUGUAUUACAUAAGUACUGUAUGUAGCACAAGAAUGAGUGCUUUGUAUAGAUUGUUGACUGGUAUUUGCAGUUCCAUUUUUAUAUGGUACUUUGAUCAGUGACUGAGGCUAAGCACAUUACUUAUGUUCAAGUUAUUUGGGCAUUUGUUUUUGUGGAUUUGCUUUCGCUCACAGCUUUUCAGGUUGACCGUUUGGAUAGUGCCUUGAGGGGACCUGAUCACUUUAACAUCUCUAGCAAUGUCAUAUAUAGUGUACGAGCUGGAUUCCAUUAUUAGCGCAGAAGAUCAGCGUUGUAGCCAGUUGAAAUGUAAAGAUAAUUUUCGAUUGAGCCAACAUAUGCAACAUUUACCACGAAUGCUGUCUUCGCCAACACGGAGACGUUGCGUUUAAAUGUCAGUCACGCUUUAACGCUACGGAUUAUUUAAAAAAAUGUGGUUUGUAGAGUGACAAAGCAAACCCCUAUUUCCCACUGUAAUUGUCAAUUUUCCUCAGAGAGCCGUUGCAAUUGUAGCUCCCAUUGUUGGUGUAUGAAUGAAGCUGCCAUUUUCACUUCACUGUGGCAGCCCACCCAAGGGCAUAAUAAUAUACAUCCAGCCCAUGGGGAACAUGACAGCAGUACGAGCAGAGAGAGAGACAAUGAUUAUGUUGAAGUGAUGCUCCACAAUUAUGGCGAGACAAUGUGACUGUAUAUUUUCAGUGUCACAGCCUGGUCAGCAUGAGUAUAUAUAAAAAGGGAUUUAGAUUAAAAAUAAAUACUCUGUUUAAGUUUA